AUGUCUGCAGUACACGUGGCAAUUGGCAUCGACAUUGGCACGUCAUCAGCGAAAAUUUGUGGAAUUGCGAAGAAUGGAAUCAUCACUAAAGAAUACCGCCAAAAUUAUGGAUUCGAGUGUUCGGCGAUUCAAGAUUCGAAACGAAUUCUCAGAGUUUGUCUGGAUUUAUUGAAGAAUUUCGAUGAAAAUGUGACUGAUGUAUGGAUUUGUGGCCAAAUGCAUGGAAUUGCCCUCUGGAAUAGUCAAUCGAUUAAUGAAGAUCUCGAAAAUCUUCAAGUUUCGCCACUUUACAAUUGGAUGUUCACAUAUGACGAUGAACAUUUUCUUGAAUCAUUGCCAAAAUGGGAAUCCGGAAGAGUUUAUCCCGGAUUUGGAAUAGCCACUCUAGCAUAUCUUCAUAAAAUCCAAGACUUGAAGAAUUUCGACCGAUGCGGGACUAUCAUGGAACUGUUUUCCUGCUAUCUGACUAAAUCCAAAAUUGCUUUCAUGAGCGAACACAAUGCCCAUAGUUGGGCGUAUUGCAAUAAUGGUUGUUGGCAAGAAAACAUCAAGCAAUUCCUUCCGUCAAAUGUCGAACUUCCAACAAUUACUCAAGAUUUAUCAUUGGUGGUUGGCGAAUGGCGAAGGGCGAAGUGCCACGUGGCAAGUGGCGAUUUGCAAGCAUCGGUCGCUUCGUUGGAUUUCGCCGAAAAUCGCGCAUAUUUGAUAAUUGGCACAUCAGCUCAAUUAUGUGCACUCGUCAGUCAAAAUGUGACAAAUUUACCGCCGACGGUUGUCAAUGUUCCAUAUUCGUCGAAAUAUCGACUCGUCGCAGCUUGUGCAAUGAAUGGAGGAAAUGCGUUGGAAGCGAUGUAUAAGAUCAAUAGGGACAAAAUCUAUUCAAACGAUAAUCUCGUUGAAAUUCUUUCGAAAUUGGAUCAAAAAGAAGUUUCAAUUCCCGACAAUCUUCAAAUAAAUCCGAUUUUCAUUGCCGAAAGAGGCUCAAAUGCGCAAUUUUCAUCAACUGGAGUUGAGAAUUCUUCCGAACUCGAGCUAUUCUUCCUCGAUUCUCGCGACAUCUCAAAACUCCAUUGCGUAUUAUUGCGUCAACGAACGAAAUUUCGACGCCAUUUGGUGCAACUCGAUUCUCUGCAUGAUUUAUUAUCAAACUAUGAGAUGUAUUUCAUCGGCAUUUCAAUAAACUGGGGAAAAUGGUAA